CUACAGCACGCAUGUUUCCUCCAGCUGGGAGAUGCGAGUUUAACUGAGGAAAAUAACUAGAGGAUUAUACAAAGAAUCGACGACUACCAUAGCAUAUUUUGAUCUGUUCAAAAGUGCAUGAGGUAAUGCAGGUGUUUAGUAAAACACGAUCCAGCGAGAAAGACCGAGAUGAAUUUGCAAGCUCCAAGUCAUCUCUUUCUAGCCUGAGGAGGAGUUGACUUGGGAAUCACACGCAAUUGAAUUAUAUCGUGUUGUGCACGCGCUGGUGUGUUGUUAGCAAGGCUUGCGUGCUUAGGCCUUGCAGGCCCGAGCCACCGUUUUAGUCGUCGCAGUGCACGGCAUCGAGGCCAUUGGCAGAGAAAGAUCUCGAUUCAUCGUCUUAAUCCACUUAUAGUAGCUAGGUUGGGAAAGAUAACUGACUACAUUCCUGCCACCACUUUGUGUUGUCAACUAACCACAGUGUAUGCUACCACGGUCCGCCGCAAUACAGUAGUAUGCUGAAUGAAGACAUGGAAGGACAAAUGUAAGAGGGCGUUCUGCCCUCGAAAAGGACUGUGACAAGUUCAUGGCUGCCAACAAGAAGAAGAGAAUAAUGGUUCUUCAUGAGGAAGGGGCUGCUGCCCCCAUGGCACUGCCCUCGGCUGCUUCUCCCCCUGACCGCUUUGGUGCCCUAAACACAGGGCAAGCAAGUGCAGUUGUAGCCAAUGAGGAAGCAAACAUUCCAGCAACAUCCACUCCAGGUUCUGUAAUGGGUACUGGUCAAAUGGCUUCUACAUUGAACUCUGCUGCCAGGUCUAAUAACCAAUCAGAGAAUUUACCACCAGAGAGCACCUACAGCGGUAUCAAGGUGAUUUUGGACAAUAACAACAUGUGGAAUGAGUUCUUCAAAUGCAAAACCGAAAUGAUAAUAACCAAACAAGGCCGGAGGAUGUUCCCUUAUUGCCGCUUUCGCAUCUCUGGUUUGGAGCCCUUCCAGAAGUACACUCUGCUCAUGGAUAUCAACCCUGUGGACAACAAACGUUACAAGUGGACUGGGCAAGACUGGCAAAUGAGUGGAAAGGCAGAGGCCCAUGUGCUGAGACGGAUUUUCAUCCACCCAGACUCUCCAUCUUCUGGUCACCAAUGGAUGCAGAACCCAGUGUCAUUCUACAAGCUUAAGCUCACUGACAACACCAUGGACCAGGAGGGCAAUGUAAUUUUGCACCCAAUGCACCGCUACUUACCACACCUGCAUUUGGUCUCAGCUGAAACGGCUUCAGAGGAUAUUCAGCUCAAUGGGCCUGACGUGAUAACCUUCACCUUUCCCCAGACUGAGUUCUUUGCUGUAACAGCCUACCAGAACGUACGCAUGUCUCAGUUUAAAGCAGAUUUCAACCCUUUUGCAAGUGGACCCAACUCCUGGGCUCUAAAGCUGAAAACGAGUCCCUCCAAUGAGUCAAAGAAGGAUGAAACCAGAUCUCCCAAUGAACUCAAGCCUUUGAAAGGCUUGAAUGGCCUGAAAUCUUUGAUGGCGGCAAAACGCAGCUCUAAAGACACUUCAACAGUAGAUAAAGGACUCCUGAGCCCUGAGGCUCAAAAUGUUUCCCUUGCAGAUGGUGACAAAACUGAGGUCAAAACUGAUGGACCCAGCUCCAGGCUGAAAUCAAGUCCCUCCAAUGAGAUGAAGAAAGACUCAGCCCACUCUCCCAAUGAGCGCAAGUCUGCGAAAAGCCUGAAUAACCUGAAGUCUUUGAUGGCAAAACACAACUCUAAAGGCACAUCAGCAGUAGAUCAAAGAGUCCUCCGUGCAGAUGCUCAAAAUGUUACACCUGCAGACAGUGACAAGUCUGGGGUCAACGCUAAUGCACCAAGCUCCUGCACUCCAAAGCUGAGAACAAGACCCUCCAAUGAGUUGAAAAAAGCAGAAACCACAUCUCUGGAAUUCAACCCUCUUAGAAGUAGUUUGAGGUCUUUGAUCUCAAAAUGCAACUCUAAAGACACUUCAGCAGUAGAUCAAGGACUCCUGAGCUCAGAUGCUCAAAAUGUUACAUUUGCAGACAGUGACAAGUCAGGAGUCAACGCUGAUAAACCCAGCUCCUGCAAGAAAUCAAGUCCCUCCAAUGAGAUGAAAGAUGAAACCAUAUCUCCCAAGGUGUUCAAUUCUGUGAAAAAUACCCCAAAGUCUUUGCGUAGAAAACGCAACUCUCAAGUUGAAACUGCUACAGUUGCAUGCAGUGAAAAGUCAGUCGGAAACACAGAGUCCACUGAACAUCAUUCUUGUACAACAGGUCCUCCCCAAAGUAACUUCCCUGAGCUGAUUCGGGAGUGUCAUCUGAAAAUAAGAAGGUGCAAUGUGGAGAUAACCAAUACAACUUGCAGUGUUGUGCAAACGAACACUAAGGGCAUGGUUGCCAAAGGCAAAGUUGUGGAAGUAUCUGUGAAUGACAAUUUCCCCCAGAUUUCUGAACCUGAAGCCUUGUCCGGGAAGACUAUUGAAAAUGUGGGAGCCCAGCACAAUAGGAAUACGAUUGACAGUGACAAGGACCUCCUCAAUUCAUCUCAGUCCCAGGAGCCGGUCAAGACCCCUAUGUCAGUCAAUUACCAUUCAGCAGAUGAAGUUGAAAACAGUCAAAAGGCUUCCCAGAGCUCCUCAGUGAGCUCUGAAGCAAAAAGGACAGGUUUUGAUGAACAGCUGCAGGGGAAGGCUAAACCACACAAACGACCUGAACCUGUGCCUUUGCCCCUUCUUGCACUCUACCUUCAACAGUUGAAGUCGAAAUCCAGACCUGUUAGGACCAAACCAAAACCUCCGGUAUUGCCGCCUUCUUCAUCCCCAUCUUCUGCCGUUCCAACCACCGAUCCUGUUAUUCCAGCCACCGAUCCUGUUAUUCCAGCCACCGAUCCUGUUAUUCCAGCCACCGAUCCUGUUAUUCCAGCCACCGAUCUUGUUAUUCCAGCCACCGAUCCUGUUAUUCCAGCCACCGAUUAUGUUAUUCCAGCUACCAAUCCUGUUAUUCCAGCCACCGAUCCAACUGGCCCUUCCAUGGACUCAACUGGUCCAGCCCUGGAAUCUACUGGUCCAGCCAUAGAUUCUACUAGUCCAGCCAUGGAUUCUACUGGAUAUGCUGUAGUUCCUGCCAGUGGUCCUGCUGAUCCAGCUAUAGAUCGCAUUGUUCCAGUCAUUGCCCCCACUGGGCCAACCACAGACUAUGCUGGUCUACCUACCGAUAUUUCAGUCCCAAACACAGAUUUUUUGGUUCCUGCCACAGAUGCAUUGUUACCAGAACCUAAUCCAGUUUUACCAACCGCUGAUCAGUUGUUUCUUGUCCCUGAGCCUACCUUAUCCAUUGCACUAUCAUCCCCCACCCCUUGUUUUCCAGCAACUGUCUUGUCAUCAUCACCAUUCCCUGACCCAUUCAUACCAGCCCCUUCCUUGUCAUCCCCAGCCGAAGAACUGCCACCCCCUGUACCGGUCACAUUAAACCUAGCGGCUGAUCUAUCAUCACUUAUCUCUGACCCUCCCUCAAUUGCUUCUGCACUGUCAUCAACACCUAGUCUUGCCACCUUGGAACCUGAGUCUACCCCCUCGUUACCAUCCCCUGGCCCUUCGCGAGGUGGCUUUGAGCCAUCAUCACCUGCAUUAUUACCAGAUCUUGAAACCCCUUUAACUUCCCCUGUUACAUUGAAACCGGAAACCGCCGCCCCCUCCUUACCUGUACCUGCCUCCUCAUUCCCGGCCCUUGAACGAUUACCGGCCCCUAACCCUUUUGUUCUCUCCUCUGAAUUUUCAUCACAUGGGUCACUUUUAGGCCUACCUGCCCCUGAUCCUUUUUUAACAAUACCCUUUAUCCCAUUGUUGCCUUCCGCUCACCUUAACCCAUUACCCUUUGAGGCAAACUCAUUUUCCUCUACCUCUCACCUUGGCUCACUUGCUCUGGACACUGCAAUAUCCCCACCUCCCUCGGACACUGCCUCAUCAUUCCAAGUCAAUUAUGAACCAUUAACACGCCCUUCUACACCGUCUCCACUCCCAUUCCAGUUGUCACCCUUUUCAUCGUUAGGUCCAGACCCAUUGUCACCAACCCCAUCACUGGCUGACCUCACUAACUUUUUCUCCAUCGCCGAUGAGCUUGAGAUAACUGAAGACUUCCCAAGCAGUGAGGCAGCUCCUGUCCCAUGUCCUCCUGUCCCAAGUUUAAGUACCCCUAGCGUACCAGUUAGUUAUUCUCUACCGGUUGGUUCUAGUCAGCCAUCAAAGAUAAAUAAACCCCGGAGAUCUAAGAAGAGAUCUAGGAAAGGAGUGAAAUCUGCCAAGGGUGAUUCACUCCCAGUGAUUGGCGGACCCACAGAUGUCACCAUGCAGCCCAACCUGGAGGAAGUUGAGGAGCAGCUGUUUGUCUCUUUCACUUCCAAGGAAGCACUUGAAGUCCACCUGGGAGAGCCUGCACUUUGUGAGACGACGACUGCGCAACCUCAGAAAACCCCAGAGGCGACAGAGAAUGUUGGAGGACUAGAAACCACAGAGGAAAGAAUAGCAGCUUUCGAGAAGGUUAUUUUGGGUGAUCUAAAGGUUAUGAGGCAUCGGCAGGUCAUUCAUCCCGUGUUGCAAGAAGUUGGGCUGAAGAUGAGUUUACUGGAUCCCACUCUGGUCAUUGACCUGCAGUACUUAGGUGUUCGUCUACCUCUUCCUCCACCCUUCCUAUUUCCAGAACCAAGCUCUGCAGGAUUGGCAUCUUCUCCAAGUGGUUCAGUCCCCUUUAUUUCCAGGACAGGCAAGACCACAGACUUCACCCAAAUCAAAGGCUGGAGAGAUAAAUUAGUCCCCUCGGACUCGCCAUCAUCCUCCAAGCCUGAAGGUGGCCUAAGUUCAGAUGUGGUCCCGAAGAACUUGUCAGCCUUCUGCAGUGACAUGUUGGAUGAGUACCUGGCUAAUGAAGGUAAACUCAUUGACGAGCGCGCUGCCAGUUUCAACCAGACCACUGUCGUCACCCCUGUGGUCUACCAGCUGCCCACCAAGAGCACCAGCUACGUCCGAACCCUAGACAGUGUGCUGAAGAAACAGGCACCAGCACUUUCUGCCACCUUUGUCCCCCCCUCCAAAAAACCCAGACAGCCCCUCGCAUCCAAAGGACCUAAAAAAUUGGAGAAAAGGCAACAAAAACAACAACACGCAAAGCAGAACAGAACUAAACCAACUUCUGCAACAACACCAACACCAUCGCCCACUGAGCCACCACCGCCGCCAUUGCUGGAUCAUACAGCCCCCAUCACCCACGACGACACAAUUAAUACUGUGAAAAGGAGAAAGAGGAAGCCGAGGGUCAAGACUCCUCCACCAGCCCAAGACGCUCCUGUGUCCAGGCCAGAGGUAGAAGAGCCACCUCCCGCUGACCUGGCUCCUGUGGAAGAGGAUGACUCAGACCCAGAGCCACAGCCUGCUGCCGAGACCAGGGUCGUGGUUCCUGGGCUGACCAAGGCCCUACUCCGACAGCGGGAUCUGGAAGACGGGGUUGUCUGGGAGGGCAAGCAUCGUACCUGUAUCACAGACGAGAGGGCGACGGUCGCCCUCACCUCCCUCUUCACCUCAACGGGUUUUGUUUGUGAGAACCCUACAGCUCCCGUUAGGAUUAUAAAGCACAGAGCUCCUCCCUGCCUCAAAGCGUUCUGCCGGCUAGGCUGUGUGUGUGCCAGCCUAGCACAGGACCGUCGUAUUACCCACUGUGGAAAGAUGGAGUGCAUCUUUGGCUGCAGCUGCCUCAGGCAGAAAGUGGUCGUGCUCAAGAACUUAAAAGGACCAGAUUCCAGUGCGUCAGAGGAGGGCCCAUCCAAGAAGAAGAGGAAGAAGAGGAGGAAGAGGAUGAGGAUGGCAUAUACUCUCAGGGAGGCUGAGACGGUAUCAGAACCAGCUCCGCGUGUGAGAAUGUUGUGGAAGCAGACGGAUGGAGAGAUGGACCCGGAGCCCCUCCGUGCCCCAACACCAGUCUACCUACCACAGCUUCCACUACAGGAAGAACCUUCAGCAGUGGUGUAUUUUUCUCAGGUGAGAGAGGAAGGAGGGACCAUGACAUGUGCCAGAGUGCGUGCCUUUCAAAGCAAGAGCACAAACCGACCUGAGGUCAUUGACGACCACUGCAAACCAAAAGACUCCGCACCAGUGAACCCUUCCAGUAUGUCAGAGAAGUCGUCGUCCUCCCAUGGUCCCCAGUACACGGAGCCCUCCAAGCGUCUGGAGAUCGUGUCUGACUGUAAGUGGAGGAGCCUGGCGGACAGGAACCUGGUGCUGAGGAUCGUGUGUGAGCACAUGGCCCAGGACCACCUUACCAACCCCUUCUGGGUGAAAGGUUACCUCAUAAAACCUGUGUCUCAGACCCUGAAAUAUGACGGCGAAUGCUGCUCCGUCCACUACAAGGUACACAUCUCUCAGGUCCCGCGACCGGAAGGAGUGGAGGAGGAGGAGGAGGAGGAGGAAAGCGGUGAGGAGGAGCAAUGGAUGGGAGAGGAAGAUGAAGAUGAACUGAUGGAGGAGCAGAGAGAGGAGGAUAAGAACGUGGAGGAAGUACCUGUUGUUGAGGAAGUACCUGUCGUUGAGGAAGUACCUGUCAUUGAGGAAGUGGAGAAGAAGGCUGUGGGGAAUAGAAAGGGUCUGAAAUGGAAGGGCCUGCCUUUCUUAACAGGAAUUUCUCCUGCUGGCCUCCUUACUGGCAACCUUAAGCUACCAGACAUCUCAGACCAGGAACUUAUCACGGUGAAUGGCAGGUCCUACCCCCAUGCCAAGAUACAACUGGGUAUGAUGGGAGCCAUGCACCCAGCCAACCGUCUCGCUGCUUACCUCACGGGCAAGUUACAAAGGCCUGCCUGUCUAAAGCGGUCUAUGGCGGCCUCCUCCGUCCCAUCACAAAAACACCCCUCAGAAACCCCUGAAUGUUCUGAAGGUUCCACAGAUACAAGGUCCUCUACUGGACAACCAGCCCAACUGGCAGCCACUCCUUCCACCAUGGUUACCACCAGUGUUCCCUCUGCCACUCCAGUUGCUCCUGGCCCAAAGUCCAUUGGUGCAAACGUAUCACCCCAAAAUGCGUCCCCCGUCAGUGGAGUGGUCACCAGUCCACCGAUGCUGGUGCUCUCUGUCCCAGGGACCAGUCCUGCUGUCAGAAUGCCUUGUCCUCCUACCUCCCCGUCCCCUCUCACAUCCCUGACCCCUAUCAUGUCCCUGACCCCUCUCGCAUCGGGUCAGAGCAUGCUGCUGCAGCCAGUGAGGAACGCCUCAGGGAACACCCUAUACCGGAACCCCAACGGACAGCUGAUCCAGCUGAUUCCCCUCAGCCAGCUGCAGGCCCUUAACCCCAACCUCGUCAUGCACAACAAGGGUGGGAUGAUCAGUUUAACCACGCCUGCGUGCUUGGCCUCAGGAUCGACAGCCACCAUUAACAGCUCCCCCUCCACCUCCUCUCUCACCACAUGGCAGAGCAAGGGCCCUGGUAGCAGUGCUUCCACCAUCAGUACUGCCCCCCUUGUCCCUGUCACUUUCCCAAAGACCCAGACUGCAUCCAGCACCACUUUCCCCGUCCCUAAAACCACCCCUGGUUAUGUUAGUCUCUCACCCACCGAGACAAAUGGCGGGACGUACACCUUGAAGAUAGUUCCUCAGACAGGCAACAAGGAGCCCAUCAUCAUCAAGUGUCCCAACGUGCCAGCCCAGGGCUCCUCCAAGGUGAUGCCUGUAGUAGGGAGCUUUACUGUGCUGCAGCCUCACCCGAAAACCACAGUAAUUACUGUCAAAUCCCCCACAAAGACGGUUACGGACACCAGUGUCAAAGCUGACAGUAUCUCCACAGUGGCCGCCAAUGUAGACCCCAAUUUAGACUCUAAUGUAGUCUCUGAGGUGUGUAGUUGGAUGCUGCCUUGCCAGAAAACCACAACACCUCCUAUAACCACAAAACCCUCUAAAUCCACAAAAACCCCUAAAGGCCCCCCGUUUAAAUUUAUAAAAGCUGACGCUAUAUCCCCAGCGGACUGCAAUUUAGACCCUAAAAUCCAGCCUGAGGUGGUUAGAGUGCUGCAGCCUCCCCCGAAACCCCUCAAACCCCCUAUAACCCAGGUUACAAAGACAGGGGUCAAAGAUAACACCAUCUCCACAGCGGAUUCCAAUCUCCUUACUAAGAUGGUUCAUGUUGAUGACCCCUACCAGACGUGGACAGGAAGACCGAAGAAGAAGAGGAAGGAGGUGGAGGACCUGGUGGAGGAUGAGGACGACAAGGAUGACGAGGAAACGGAUGAGAAGACGGACAACUCAUCUGAUGAGACCGAUUCUGCUGAUUCAAGUGUUAAUAAAGAGGAUCUCAUCGACGUCAUCAGUAGGCAGUUGAAGCACAAUGUGGAGGAGAGGCAUCGCCGUUAUGAGCUCCAUGGAUGCUUCCAGCGGCUGAGAGAGACACUGAAACUUGCCCAAAACGUUGCCAAAGUUUAUAUCAUUAAACAAGCAACGGAGGAGAUCCAAAUUCUGACAAAGGAAAGUACGGACGUGGAGAAGCUGAGGAGUUCACUGACCCUGGAGAGAGCAGCUAUUGUCAAGAAGAUGUCCCAGUUAACUGGAGAGUCUGAGAAGCAGAUCCUGAGGAACAUCCAGUACAUCUGUUCCCAGCAGAAGAGCGAGCUACUCGUCAACAGGAAUAAGGAAGGAGUUCCCAAAGUCUCCUCUGCUGUCUCGUCCUCUUCAGCUGUCUCGUCCUCUUCAGCUGUCUCGUCCUCUUCAGCUGUCUCGUCCUCUUCAGCUGUCUCGACCUGCAGUGAGGCCAAGCCGAGGCCAAGGCCAAGGCGCGACCUGGUGGAGGAUGAGGACGACAAGGAUGACGAGGAAACGGAUGAGAAGACGGACAACUCAUCUGAUGAGACCGAUUCUGCUGAUUCAAGUGUUAAUAAAGAGGAUCUCAUCGACGUCAUCAGUAGGCAGUUGAAGCACAAUGUGGAGGAGAGGCAUCGCCGUUAUGAGCUCCAUGGAUGCUUCCAGCGGCUGAGAGAGACACUGAAACUUGCCCAAAACGUUGCCAAAGUUUAUAUCAUUAAACAAGCAACGGAGGAGAUCCAAAUCUUGACAAAGGAAAGUACGGACGUGGAGAAGCUGAGGAGUUCACUGACCCUGGAGAGAGCAGCUAUUGUCAAGAAGAUGUCCCAGUUAACUGGAGAGUCUGAGAAGCAGAUCCUGAGGAACAUCCAGUACAUCUGUUCCCAGCAGAAGAGCGAGCUACUCGUCAACAGGAAUAAGGAAGGAGUUCCCAAAGUCUCCUCUGCUGUCUCGUCCUCUUCAGCUGUCUCGACCUGCAGUGAGGCCAAGCCAAGGCCAAGGCGCAUGGGAGGAGUGACAGCAGAAAAGGAGGAGGAGGACAGGGAAGCAGUGAUGGAGGUGGUGGACCUUCUGGAGGACACAGAGGAGGACAUGGAGGAGGUGAUGGAGGUGGUGGACCUUCUGGAGGACACGGAGGAGGAGAAAACUGACAACUCCUCGGAUGAGACCGAGGAUUCUGCCGAUGACGACAACAACAAAUACAACAAUGUUAAAGGGGAUGUCAUUAACAUCAUCAGUGAUGUUGAAGAAGUCGCGGAAGAGGAGGUGGCUGUAGACCUUGAGAGUGUGGAAGACAAUGCACAGAAGAGCACCACUUCACAACUGAAGGCAAAAUAUACUAAAGAAGUGGAAGGAGAAACGGGGCCCAAAUUAAGACACUGGGACCUGCGCAACAAAUACGAGAAACAACGCUGUGCUGUGCUUCGGAAGAGCUUUAAAGCCCUGACAGAGACGUUGGACCUUGGCAACCCAGCACCUACUAAUGUUUUCAUCCUCGGGCAGGCCCGAAAACAAGUCCUUGACCUGAGAGACAAAUGCGAGCGCCUGGAAAAACUGAAGAGCGCGCUGACCGAAGAGAGAGCAGGUUAUAUUAAGAAAAUCUCAAAGAAAUCUGGAAAGACAGAGGAGCUCAUCAUCAGGAAACUUGAGGACAUCUCGACCAAACAGAAGAACAUGGACGUGGUGUUCAAAAGGAAGUGGAGAGGGGCGACCUCGGCCCCGUCCUCGUCAUCGGUCUCACCCAAUAAAACAAUUUCACCCAGGAGCACUCGACAGCCAGAGCCAAAGUCCCUGGCCCCCAGCCUCAAGUUAAAGGUCGUACCCACCCCAGUCCCCCACUCUAUCCCCCGAAAGCCUACACCCCGACGACCCAAGACAAGUCCCAUCAUCACACCACCUUCCAGGAAACCACCCUCAACGUGGCGUUCGCUGGGUGAAAGGGCCAAACCUAACAUCCUGUCUCGCAGAAAAAUACGCCCUGCCCCAGAUUCCUUACCGGUUCAUGCUGGGUUUCUCCCUCCUCAAAUGCUGUCUAUAGUGGGUGGAGUGAUACCAUCUCAGCAGGUGAUCACCAUGAGCCCAAUGCAGCCUGCCCGUUCUCUGCUGCCGGUAGGACGCGUCACUGGAAUCGAAAUGCAACAGUCUCUAACACCAGGUGUUGCUUCAGUCACCAUCAGUAUCCCCUCAAUGUCCGAACCCAUUUCUCUCACUCCACCUCGUAAUAACCGCAACAGGGGAGUUCCUCAUAUCGCCAAUGUGAUUUCACUGGUUAACGCCCGACAGAACCAGUCUGCUCCAAGUGUGUCAGGGGGAGCUCAGAGGAUGUCAUCCCCAGUGAAGGGUAGGGGCAGUGGGUUGGAGGACGGAGAGGUUCUGGGGAAGCAGCUGGACCACGCUGUAGACAGUGUAGGGAUCAACGACGCAGAUGGAAACUCUGAGGAGGACGAAGACGACGAAGAAGGUGACAGUGAAGACGAGAGCCUGACGUCUCUCCUCAACGAUAUCUUCUUCCUCAACCAGCAGAUGACCACAGACAACAACAGCAGCCCCAGAGGUCCUCCAGUGGUCACCCACAUACCACACACCGAGCCUGGGGAGGUGGGGACUGAGAGGGUACCCCCACCUCAGACAGACAGGGUGCUACCACCACCAGAGAAGGAGAUCAUCAGAGAUGGAGAUGACGAGCGCUCCCUCAGCCCCUUGUUCCUGAGACUGGACGAGGACCUUUUGGGGCCCAUAGAGGGCCAGGGCCAGGAAGAGGCUUCCAAAGGCCCAGGCCUGCCAGUACCACAGCCACAGGCAGAGGACCUUAAAUCAGAGACUGCUUCUGUUUCUGCUCCUGCUGCAGCUGUCAAUGGGCACAGCCCACAAGCAACAGCAUGCACUGCAAAAGGUCAAGAUGCACUGCAAAAGGCGCUGACCCCGCCACCGCUGCUACAGAUGAAAGUUGGAGGAGUGGCCAAGGUGAUGGAGUCCAAUGAGAAGCUGGCAGAUGCCCUGGCACCGCCACCGCCACUGCAGAUGAACGUUGGAGGCGUGGCCAAGGUGCUGGAGUCCAAUGAGAAGCCAGGGGAUGCCCUGGCCCCGCCCCCACUGCUGCAGAUGAGGCCCAUGCCAAGACUAGCCCCACGAGGACUAAAGAGCAACCCUCAGACAUAGAACUAAGCACUAACUCACUUAGGCCCAGGUCAACGUUGUAGCUAUCUCUCCUCAAUACCCUCAUUCACAUAGGUCGUAUUCAAUCGGCACCAAACGGACAAAAACUGACUAAAAUAGGGUGAGACUACUUGAACUUGUCCAAUGAGAAACGUUAGUUUUCUGUUGCAAAGCGUUUUGCUAUGGUGUGCCGUAAUGAAUAUGACCCUUCUGGCAAAACCAAUCAGGGAUAACUACAUUUACGAACAUACAUUUAGGAGAUCCUUGUGAAAAAAAGUUAUUUGUUUUGUUUUAUAAGCGGCACUACCUGACGAGGCGUAUCGGAAAUCUAAAGACUGACAUGACACUGUUCUGACAGUCAGGAGUCAUGUUUUUCUGUUCAAAUCUCUGUUGUCUAGACCUGUAUUCAUGAAGUGUCUCAGAAUAAGAGUACAGAUCUAGAAUCAGUUUAGCCUUUUAGAUCAUAAUGAAUAAGCUUACAUGGAUCUGAUCCUGGAUCAGCUUCCUCUAAGACACUAUAAAUACAGGCCCUGAUCUGUUGCUUUUCUUUCCCUCAUUUUAAAGAGGAGAUGCAAUGAAUAUCGUAUAAUAAUAAGCUGCCAGGACCUCAGUACAUUUUAAGGGUGUCCAGUAUGUUCUGCCUUUAAGGGUUGCACACAUCGCACCGAAUGUGGAUCUCCCGUUGUUUACCGAUCGUUCAGCGCGCUGUUGACGUCUUGUCUGACUGCCGACAUCUUCGCAUGUUUCUAUAUGUUAAACCGGUUUGCACUCGGUUCACAAGGACUCUCGGCAGACAAACGCUAUUGGUGUAUUUGAGCCCUUAGAGUAUAUUAUUUGUUCAAUCAGAGCAAGACGAUUUGUAGACAGACAGCUGACGGUAUGGAUGCCAGUUCUGUUCAUAGUACUGUACUGUUGUAUAUAACAAAUCCUGUCUCCAUAUUGGAGUGGAGGAUCUCUAUUUCUUCAUGUUUGUAGUGAAUUAAGACUUAAAGGUUAAGGAACAUUUCAUCCGUAAUUAUUUUUGUGUGGCACACAGUUUUCUACACUAACUACUAACCGCUCAGUUUGCACUGCAGACAACAAAUCUCAACAUAGGAAACCCUUGAUAAAUAAUAUCAUAAUAGGUCCCUGUAAGAUGGACAGGUCAUUGAAUCUGCAGGGCUUGUGACUUUUAUUCUAAGAGCAGCUUCACUUGUUCAGUGAUGUAUGUAAUAAUUAGACCCUGACAUUCACUAUAAUAGUAAUAGAAAUGACUGCAUGUGUCCCAAAUGGCACCCUAUUUCCUAUAUAGUGCACUACUUUUGACCAGGGCACUAUAUAGGGAAUAGGGUGCCAUUUGAGAGAAUUUGUGAAUUGGGAGAAGGUUGAAUUGGGAGAAAUCAAAGAUGUCGUUGCUGUAAUUAUUUUUAUGCUGCUAAGAGGUAAAACUUGCAGAAUUAAAAGCCAGCCAUCUUGUUAAACUGCAUCAAGACCUGUUUGUUAGAACCAUAAAGUGUAGAUUUAAGUUCUGUAAAAAGUAUAAACUCCAUUUUUUAUAAUAGGCCAUGUAAAUAAUUACUUUUUUCCACUUUUAAGACGAUGGUUGUUGUUUUUUGUAAAGAUAUUUCUGAUGUUUUUAUAUGGGGUCAAUAACUGUUAUGUUUAGCGUAAGAGAAAGGAAGAUGCCUUGAAAUAAAAUAUAAUAAUGAACAUGG